AUGCAAGUGCCAAGACAGAUUGGGAUUUAUUGUUAGGAUGACUAACAUUUCCAUAGAGGAUAGAAAAUAAAAUAUUUAAUGGUGAAAAAAGAUAAGGGAACGAUCCAAAAAAGGUUAUUUUGUGACGAAUGUUUCUUAGGGAAGUACAAUUCUUUACAAUAACAUUGCUGUAAUCUUGAGGAGCUUAUCAACGGCAGAAAUUAUGAGGCUUUCAAGUAUACUAAAUUUGAUAGCAAUAAUAAAUAAUAGUAUUUCAAUUACGCUAGAAAUCACCAUCCAUAUUUAGAUAUUGAAUUUAUUUAUAAUAUGGUUUCGUCUUUAUAAGAAGAAAUACAAUCAAAGAUUCGUGACAUGAUGGAUAUACAUAAAUAAAAAUAAGUGGAAUAUCUAAAUGAAUUAAUUAAAUGGACUGAAAAUCCAAAAAUCAGUAAUUAUUUCAACUGUGAUGAAUUAAAGGAGGUUUUACUUAAUGAAAAAUUUGAAAGAAGUCCAGAAAUGUUUAAAGAUUUAAAUGAAAAGGCUGAAAUUUAUAUUGAUGAAGAAGCUAUCUUCAAAAUAGAUGAUAUUGUUACCAAAUAGAAACGUUUUUUUGACUUAGAUAGAUUCAAUGCUAGUUUUAAGGAUAUUAUGCAAUCAAUCUAAAAAAUAGAAGAAACAACAUUUACAGACUAUAAAUUUUCGACAUCUACUUUAGCCACUCCAUAUUUAGAAACUAUAGUUGAGAAAAUUGCACCAAAAAAUGAAGAAAACUUCUAUAAAAAUAUGAAAAGAAUUUAUAGGAUGACUCAACAAGGCUCAAAUUAUUAAACAUUAUAAUAAAUAGAAUUAUUAGAACAAGUAGAUACAAUUACUGUAAUUUAAACUAAAAAUAACUGCAUUUUUGGAGUCUAUAAUUGUAUAGAAAAUGCUCAAAAUUCAAUUCUAUUUUAAAUGAAUAAAAAAAAAUUUUUUUAAUUCAGAAAAAUAAACAAGACAGCUUUUGAAUUAAAUAAAAAGUCUAAUUUGUCAGAUUGGAUUUUGAAAUUUGGAGAUGGUGAUAUUCUUAUAAAUUCUUCAUUUACUAAAUGUACAUCCAAAUUAGGAGCUGGUUUUGAUAUAAGUGAUACUGAUAUAUUCAAUCCAGAAGAAUAUCUUUCAAAUUGUAGAGAAUUUGAUGUUUACGACAUCGAAAUUUUCUAAACUUCUGAGCCCACAAAAAUACGAAAUACCCUGCCUCUUAAAUAACCUCCUCCUCUAAUAAAAAUGCCAGUAAAUCAAACUGGAAGCUUACAGGGAAGUACUUUUGGAAGCAUAAAUGAUAGUGUACAGAUACUUCCUACAGGAAACCCGGGAUCCUAAUAACAACAAAAUUUUUAACCUCCUCAGCGUAUACCUGGUAUGAACUUCUAAGAUUUCAACACUCUUUAGAACAGUUCAAAAUGA